GAUGAAUGUGCAAAUUACAUCCGUGUCCUUCACCGAUACAACAGAACACAUCUUCUAGCUUGUGGAACAGGAGCUUUUGAUCCACUCUGUACUUUUAUUAGAGCUGGACAUCCAUCAGAGGAUCAUCUGUUUCAACUGGAAUCGCACAAAUUUGAGAGAGGACGAGGCAGGUGCCCUUUUGACCCCAGUUCUUCCUUCACCUCCAUCUUAAUUGGUGGUGAACUUUUUACUGGUCUCUACAGUGACUACUGGGGAAGAGAUGCUGCUCUAUUUCGCACCAUGAAUCGCAUGGCCCAUCUCCGAACUGAACCUGAUAGUGAGCGCCUGUUGAAAGAACCGAAAUUUGUUGGCUCAUACAUGAUUCCUGACAAUGAAGACCACGAUGAUAACAAAGUAUAUUUCUUCUUCACUGAAAAAGCAUUAGAGGCCGAGACAAGCACUCAUGCCAUAUAUACCAGAGUGGGACGUGUAUGUGCGAAUGAUAUGGGAGGCCAGCGAAUGCUGGUGAAUAAAUGGAGCACUUUCCUCAAAACCAGGCUAGUUUGCUCUGUGCCGGGGAGGAAUGGAAUUGAUACGCAUUUUGAUGAAUUAGAGGAUGUGUUUUUGCUGCAAACCCGUGAUAACAAAAAUCCAGUGAUAUUUGGCCUCUUCAACACCACAAGCAAUAUAUUUAGAGGAUAUGCUAUAUGUGUUUACCACAUGGCAAGUGUCCGAGCAGCUUUCAAUGGACCGUAUGCUCAUAAAGAAGGACCAGAAUACCACUGGGCUCUAUAUGAAGGAAAAGUACCUUAUCCUAGACCUGGUUCAUGUGCCAGCAAGGUGAAUGGUGGCCUGUACACUACCACUAAAGAUUAUCCUGAUGAAGCUGUCCAUUUUGCCAGGACUCAUCCACUGAUGUAUCAGCCCAUCAAGCCUGUUCAUAAGAGACCAAUACUAGUUAAAACAGAUGGAAAGUACAAUCUUAAACAAAUAGCAGUGGACAGAGUGGAAGCUGAAGAUGGGCAAUAUGAUGUCUUGUUUAUUGGCACAGAUAAUGGAAUUGUGUUGAAAGUCAUUACAAUUUACAAUCAAGAGACAGAAUCAAUGGAAGAAGUGAUUCUUGAAGAGCUGCAAGUACUCAAGGAGCCAGUUCCUAUUAUUUCUAUGGAAAUCUCUUCAAAAAGGCAACAGCUCUACAUUGGAUCCGAGGCGGUCAUAGCACAAGUGAAGUUCCACCAGUGUGACAUGUACGGCACCGCCUGUGCUGACUGCUGCCUCGCUCGAGAUCCGUACUGCGCUUGGGAUGGCAUCUCCUGCUCCCGAUACUAUCCCACAGGAAUGCAGGCAAAGAG